GCUCCUGCCUCUCUCGCCUUCUUUCGCACAGCCCCACUCUGCUGACUCAGUGCCUUAGUCUUCUCUCUCUCUUCACUGCUGUAGCUGGACCUCUUUGCCUUCACAACCUCUGAGCAUCUGUACGUCUCACAAUGGCUAAAACUGCAAUGGCCUACAAGGAAAAGAUGAAGGAGCUUUCUAUGCUUUCUUUGAUCUGCUCCUGUUUUUAUCCUGAACCUCGCAACAUCAAUAUAUAUACAUAUGAUGAUAUGGAAGUUAAGCAAAUCAAUAAACGUGCUUCUGGCCAAGCUUUUGAAUUGAUCUUAAAGCCACCAUCUCCGGUCUCAGAAGCACCACGAACUUUAGCUUCUCCGAAGAAGAAAGAUGUGUCCCUUGAUGAGAUCCAGAAAAAGCUGGAAGCUGCAGAAGAAAGGAGAAGGUCCCAGGAGGCUCAGGUGCUGAAACAGCUGGCAGAAAAGAGAGAACAUGAACGAGAGGUCCUUCAGAAGGCUUUGGAGGAGAACAAUAACUUCAGUAAAAUGGCAGAGGAAAAACUGAUACAGAAAAUGGAACAGAUCAAAGAAAACCGUGAAGCUAACCUAGCUGCUCUUGUUGAACGCCUUCAGGAGAAGGAGAGGCAUGCUGCAGAAGUCCGCAGAAACAAGGAGCUCCAGGUGGAACUGUCUGGCUGAGCCCAGGAGUGGAGGGAGUGGGAUUGCUCACCACCACUUCCUGAACUCCCCUGCCUAUAUUAUUACAGAUCAUGAGAUAUUAGUAUGGGAAAUGUAUGAUGUGGUUUUAAAAAAGAAUCAAGAACUCAAUUAAAAUGCAGUCUUUGCAGAAUGGUUUGCUUGAUGUUUAAAAUACAACUUGGGUCUUAUUUUGUAAAUACUUACAUUUUUGUUAAAAAAUACAAGUAUUGCAUUAUGCAAGUUAUUUCAUAAUCUUUACAUGUCCUGUAACAGGCUUUUGAUGUUGUCUAUUUUCAUUCAGUUGAAUUUGUUAGAUCUGUUCCUCUGAAGGUUCCUGCAGCAAAAUCCAUCCUUAGCUGUUUUCUUUCCAACUGAACAACCAAGUCAAUAGAACAUCUAUGGUGCUAGAGUCCAGCUAUCGCCUAAUUACCUAGAAUGCUUUGCAAUCAAUAACCUUUAUUAAGACAGUUAGGAGAUUACAGGCAUCGUGAAACACACUCCUUGAACAUUGCGCAAUCAUAACGUAUUUACUAUCUCAACAAUCUACUAUAUAAAACAAUAUUUGCAGUAAUUGUUAACUGCCUUCAGAAGGAAAUAUCUUCUGGUUUUGGAAGAUAAAUGUCAUCAAUAAGGAAGUGAGUGAAAAUAAUCCUGGGCCAUUUUUUAAAAAAGGAUAUUAAAUGCAGUGGAGAGUGACUGGAUCUGGUGCAAAAAAAAGUAUUUUAAGAGGCUGAAUUGCAAACUGUGUCUGAUUUUCCUAUUUAAAAUGCACUUCUAAUAUAUUGCUUAAUUAGAGCCAAGGAGCUCUUGGCCUAGAUGCUGUGAUCUGUUUUAUCUUAGGUCAUAGUCCUGCCUACAGGUGCUGAAAUCAAACAACAGAUACAGUUGUGCAGGCAGGAUUCUAGCAUUAAAUCACUCUGUUUCUUCACAGUACAAGAUGAUCUGUGGAACGUAUUGCACCAGAUUCCAUAAAUUGAUCCAGCCAUAUUCUGUACUUCAGUGUUAAUCUGCCCUGCCUAUUUUUAAAAAGAUACAAGAAAGAAGAGGGCUGAGGCUGCAGAGGUGAUACGCUCGGGUAUUCGUGCCAAGUAUUGCAUCACUUAGCCAGCAUACAUCAGUCCUCUUCCUCUGCAGAUAGCUGCCAGUUUAAAAUUGUUCCUAACCCUCUUGGAAAUUGCUGCCUGCAUAUUCUAGUUCAUUAGUGCUAUUUUUCCUGUAUGUCAUUGUGUGCAAGCUGUGAUUAAUAAAGAAUUGGGGUUCUGUGAACUGAA